CCUGGACCUCCAGGCACCAUGCUGAUGUUGCCGUUUCGGUAUUCAAGUGAUGGAGAAAAAGGACCACCUAUCUCAGCACAAGAAGCCCAAGCUCAAGCCAUCCUUCAACAAGCUCGUAUUGCCAUGAGGGGACCUCCAGGCCCAAUGGGUCUCACUGGAAGAUCUGGCCCAGUGGGGUCUCCAGGUGCUGCAGGCAUUAAAGGAGAGUCAGGAGAACCAGGCCCCCAGGGUCCUAGAGGAAUUCAGGGAGGACCUGGUUCAAUGGGAAAAGCUGGCAAAAGAGGACGUCCUGGAACAGAUGGAGCCCGUGGAAUGCCUGGA